UUGGGUUCCAAUUCCUUUAAGGACGAACUUGCUCGGUGUCUGUGGUGUGGAUUUCGUUUGCCACCUACUGGAAAAGCCUGGCGAGACAGUGCAGUCAAGUCCCUCAUUCGAUACUCGUGGGCACCGUUCAAGUUGGGUGUCUGCUCUGCCACUCCCUGAUUGGCUCCGAGGCAGGGCCCUGGUGGCGAUUGGCUGAGUGGCGGGGCAGAGGCGGGAACGGAGGAGGGCUGACACCCAAGAGCUUGGCGCCACCUGGGCAGCUGGAGAGGGAGGAGGGACCCUAGUUCUGCCUCUCCUUGCCUGUCACUCGCCGGCUGCGUCUGGGCCUGCUCUUGACUCAGGGGACUCUGGCGGAGAGGGGAACGCCGGCAGUUUCGAAUGCCGACCGGCUCUGCGACCUCGUCCCGGGUCCCCCGUCCGAACCCGGACCCCGGGUUCGCGCCGAGCCUCCCGCCCCCGGCCGAUGCGGGCCUGGCCGUCGCCCAAGGCGCCCCGGAGGGAGGUCGCUGGGAGCCCCGUGGAGUUUGACCCCCGGACGCGGUUCAGCCCGGAGUGGGCGCCCCUCUGGCGGGAGCGGCGCAGACUCCCCCGAGGGCCUGGCUGGCAGGAUGCUGAUGUUCGACCCCGUCCCUGUUAAGCAGGAGGCGAUGGAGCCCGUCUCCGCGUCCUACCCGUCCAGCUACGCGGAGCACCUGAGGCCCAACAAGUACAGCGUGAUCUACUCAGCCCCCAGCGUGCUGCCCGGCAAGUUUUACCCCGACAGCUUGACCGGCGGCAUCCAGAUGGAGCCGGUGGACCUGACGGUGAGCAAGCGAGGCUCCCCCCCAGCACCCAGCGGCUCGCCCUCGCCACUUAAGUUCCAGGUGGCCCCGCGCCGGGGCUCCCCCGGACUGGGCCUGCGCUCACCCAGCCCCCCGGGGAAGAAGUUUUCGCCAUCCCCGCCCGGAACGCAGCCGUUCAGCAUGCCCCUGGCCAUCCCCCCGGUCAUGGCCGCCCUGUCGCGCCACGGCCUCCGCAGCCCCGGCAUCCUGCCGGUCAUCCAGCCGGUCGUCGUGCAGCCCGUCCCCUUCAUGUACGCCCCGCACCUCCAGCAGCCCGUCAUGGUCUCCGCCGUCCUGGCCGACGACAUGGAAGCCUCUAGUGGCCUGCCAGUGCCCGUGAUCGACUCGUACGACAAGCCCGUGCUACCGAGGAAGAUCAAGUUGGAGCCCGGGCUGGAGUCCCCGCAGACGGACUUUUACCCUGAGGAAAUGUCUCCGCCGCUGAUGGGCUCCAUCUCUCCCCAGCAGGUCAUGCUCCAAGAGAACCACCCGUCGGUGAUUGUGCAGACGGGGAAGCGGCCGCUGCCCGUGGAGUCCCCGGACACGCAGCGCAAGCGUCGGAUCCACCGCUGUGACUACGAGGGCUGCAACAAAGUCUACACCAAGAGCUCUCACUUGAAAGCCCACAGGAGGACACACACAGGAGAAAAGCCGUACAAGUGCACGUGGGAGGGAUGCACGUGGAAAUUUGCCCGUUCUGACGAGCUGACCCGGCACUUCCGCAAACACACUGGCAUCAAGCCCUUCCAGUGUCCAGACUGUGACCGCAGCUUCUCCCGCUCGGACCACCUCGCCCUCCACAGGAAACGGCACAUGCUAGUCUGAGCGGCCCGGGCCUCCCCUUCCGGCUCCCAGCCGGCCGCCCCUCUUCUCUAUCCCCCCAACCUCCUACCCUUCGUCUCUGCGUGAGCGACUUCAUUUGGAUUCAGCUGGUCUUGAAUCUCCACGUUUCUACCGUUUAAACUUCGUGUGGUCAGUAACAGACAUUACCUAUCCCUUCUCUUUCCUUACCACGGGUCAGACCUAAAGAAUGUGAACAGUUUUCGUUUCUUCCCGGGGAUGCUAAGCAAACCCUCCCUGCAGGAAUACUUCGUGUCCCGAGACCGGGGACCUCGUAAAGCCAACCCGAACGGGUCCGUGUUUCCAGGUAAAAUCAGCCAGCGAAUAUCGACCAGCCAGCCAGCGGCCCUCAGAGGCAAUAUCCGGACCGCAGAUCCUCCUGUGAACUCGUUUACGCUUCGGCUGGGGACGGGCUGAACCCCUCCCAGCAGGUUCCGGGCCCACCGUGGGGCAUGGAGAGCAGGCUGCCCCUCCGUAGUGCCCCUAGCUCUCCGGCCCAAAGCCCCGGGCGGGUCACUCGGAGAAUGGAAAGACCGUUCACCUCCCCAGAUCAAGCAGUGUUUCCCCUGUCUCAAGAAUUGACCUGCAGAGAUGACUGGUAGGAGGUGCAGUGACACUAUAUGCGGAUUAGGCGUGAGAACACGAGCCUCUAUGUGUACUUGUGAUUAUGUGUGCGUGCACGUGCUUGCUUGUUGCCACCUUCCAGAUCCACUCGGAUAAGCCCCUGGUGCUUCCUCAACCCCUGCCCCAUCUUUGGCCUGGGGAGGGGGGCGUUGGCCAAAGCUGGGGGCUGGGCCCCCUCCCAAGUUGGAGCAUCCGAUUUAGGGGGGAGGCCUAGGACGGGACGUUCCCCAACUUGCCGAGACCCGGCCCUAAAGUGAAACAAGGGGUUUGGAUUUCCUCUCUGCCAGGCGUUAGUGUGACGCUAAGCUCAGUGGGAAGCCCAGGAAUUAGAUAACAGCAAAGGGCAAGCGGGGAGCUGGUGAGUCCCCAGGGUGCUGUGAUGGCCGAAGAGGCUCUGUCCUGGCCUCGGCAAGAUUUGGAGAAAUGACUCGUUCAUGAACUUCGCUUAGCUCAUCUGGGCCGCUUCCGCGAACGGCACCAAGCUUGUCUCGUUGUGGGGAAAUCUCGUCCCGGCCAAACACCUUCGAGGGGUGGGGGCAGGAGUCCCGUGGCCACUUGAGAGCCCUGGCCUCGUUGCCUCCCAGAAACCUGCUCGUCCGAGCCAUUCUGGCACUUGACAGUUGUUGGAACAGCCGUGCCCUAGCCACAGGGACUGAAACGGGUUCCGUCUGACGCUCCCGACCCUGCCGAUAUUCAGGAAUAAGCAAGCACACGUGCAGCCAGCAUCGGGCAGGGUCUGGGUGGCUAAACACUUACCUCAGCUUUCAACUCAUUGGCCUUUCCAACCAUCCAGCAACUGGAGGGGACUCCAGAAGAGUUUCGAGCAGAGCUCAUUGCUUCUCGCUGCUUCAUCUGAUGAGUCCCUGUCCCUUUGGGUCUCUUUAUCUCUCUCUCGCAGAUGCACGCACACAUACGUACACCUACACUCACACACACACACUCACAUGUCAUGCCUUCCGAAGAACAGCUUAAAUUAUUCCCAGGGAAACUAUCCGGGGCCACUGUUUCUAUCCCGGUGGAAAGAAAAGCCACCAAAAGCAUAAUUCAAAUUCCCAUGGUGCUCUCUGAUUCCCUCCUCCUCCUCCGGCCAAGAGUUCCUCUAGAAGUCAGUGGGUGUGUCUGGCUAUAGUUCUCGCACUGCUCUGGCCAAGGGACACAGAUUCGGACUGUCGGUGGGUUUUAACCCAAUGCAAGUCACUGUCGAUGGCAAUUGAAAGUACAAGCAAUUUUUCGUGACGUCAACCUAAUUCUAAGCAAGAUCGGUUUUGCGUCAAUUGCACUCAUUUUAGGACGAAGGGGAUUUCAGAGGGGUGAUUGCCGGGAGUUGUCACAGCUGUUUGCAAAUAAACCUGCCUGAUUGGAUGGUCCGGAAAUGGGAAUCUGCGUCAGAAACGGGCAUUAUCUCCAACGCGCCGUGGGCCUGCUGGGGAGGGGUUGGGGGAGCGUCGUAAGGGUGUAGCUGGUUGUGUGUGAGUGGGGAGCGGGCUCUCCCGAACCUCAAACCAGAUCAACCGUGGGGCUCUCCUUGCCCGCGCCGCAAGUACGUGCCAGCCGGGCACUGGCGGGGCGGGAACGUGCAGGGUUGGGCUGGGCGAGGCCUGUGGGCAGCUGGAAGAGAGCAGUAGGCAAAAGGAAGCUCGGGGAUGGUCCCCGAAGGAGGAGCGGGAGGCUACCGGUUUGCCCUCUCGACUCACCUCCGGGUCAAGGUUAGUUGCAGAUUCUAGAGAGGAAAAAUCACGGAUUUACAGAGCCAUUUUACCUGCAUUAACGAGGGCUGCAACAAUAUUCUGUUUUACAAAUACUAGCACUUUUUUUUUUUUUUUUGCUAUUUAUGUACUUUAAUGUUAGAGGGUCAAAAUAAUCUUUCUGCUUAGCAUCUCUUAAACCAAACCUGCAAAUAUAGCAGGGUCAUUACAUUUACUUUAAUACUUGUAUAAACUAUGCAGAAAUUUUUAAUAAAGUGUAAUAUAUUUUAUAAGCUAAUAGACUGAAUGGGGAAAGGUUUUUAGCAUGCAUUAGUAUAACUUGCAGACAACUGAAACAUUUUGGUAAUCUUUCUUACUAAAGAUGUGAAUGUUUAAUGGACCUUCACUGUUUCUACUUUGGUAAUCCAAUGGGAAUUCAGUAAUGACAUUUUGUCAUGUCAAACUGUGAACAUAAAUUUGUACUGUACAGUCCUCAUAUACUAUAUACAGUAUGCAAUAUAUAUGUAUUAUAUACUUGUUAAUAAAACCAUACGGAUAUUAA